AACCAACUCCAACACGCAGUAAAGAAAGGAGAAUUCAGAGGGUAGAUCAGAGGAGCAAGCUAGCUAAGAAGCGGGGAAGCGAACUUCCUGAUAGAAGAAAAUGGGUAUCCCUUCGUUUUACAAAUGGCUGGUGAGCAGAUACCCAAACAUCGUCGUCAAAGCCCUUCCUCCACAAGACCAAGAACACAACAGCUUGCUACUCCCAAACCCAAAUGGAUUCGAGUUCGAUAACCUCUAUCUCGACCUGAACUCAAUCAUCCACCCUUGCUUCCAUCCCGAAGACCCUUCAAACCCAAUUCAGCCGACAACCUUCGACCAAGUCUACAGCGCGGUGUUCGACUACAUCGAUCACUUGUUCAGCAUCGUGCGGCCCAGGAAGCUCGUGUUCAUGGCUGUUGACGGAGUAGGUCCACGUGCAAAUAUGAAUCAGCAGCGGGGAAGACGAUAUCGAUCAGCCAGAGACAACGAGAUUGCGGAAGAGAUGGAGAACUGCUUAAGAAAGCAAUUUGAGGCGGCAGGCAAACAACUCCUUCCGAAUUCAGAGUCUGAAUUGUUGGACUCAAGCAUCAUAACCCCUGGAACAGAGUUCAUGUUCGAGCUGUCGAAGAAGCUUCAACAGUACGUUACAUCGAGAAUGGAAACUUGCCCUGGCUGGAAGGAGAUCAAAGUUGUUCUCUCUGAUGCAAAUGUACCGGGCGAGGGCGAGCAUAAGAUCAUGUCGUUCAUUCGACACCAACGUAGUCUCGCUGAUUACAACCCGAAUACACGACAUUGCCUCUAUGGCCUGGAUGCUGAUUUGAUCAUUCUGGCUCUAGCAACACAUGAAGUCCACUUCUCGAUACUGCGAGAGGAUGCUGGUGUUCGAGAAGAGCAACCGAUGUGUUUAUCUGCUUCGAAGAGUAGCCUUUCCACGGUGGAGACGAAAUCAUUUAAGUCGAGAGGAGGGUUCAAAGAUGUGAAGGUUGUAGAAGAACAAGCAAUUACUGAAAAGCCUGCAUCUUUCAUCAGGAAGGCACAUCAGUUCCUCCAUGUUUGGAUUCUGAGGGAGUACUUAGAGGUUGACAUGAGAAUCCCUGAUCCUCCCGAGAAUUUCAAAUAUGAUGUAGACCGAGUCGUUGACGAUUUCGUGUUCAUCUGCUCUUUUCUGGGGAAUGAUUUUCUUCCUCGCAUGCCUACCCUGGAGGCUCAUGAGGGCGCCCUUGAUCUCUUGAUGACUGUUUAUAAGGAGCAUUUCAGAAUUCUGGGUGGAUACUUGGUGGACAUGCAAAGAGUUCAAGACUCUAACAGUGCAUUUAUCGAGCUGAAAAGAGUAGAGAAGUUCAUCCUGGAGGUUGGGAAAUUUGAGGACAAGAUUUUCAACAAAAGAUCGCAACUUCGAGAUCGAAAGAUUAAGCAGAUUGCUGCUUAUGCAGUUGCAGAGAAUGAAGACUUGCUGCCUGAGAUAUUGAAGGAUCGGAGCUCAACUUCCAUUGGAAUCCCCUCAUCUUCUGAAGCCCAAAUUCUGAAGAAUACGAUUGAUUUCAAGUUUAAAUUAAGGGCUUGCAUUCGGAAGAAAGGUGAUCAUUUCAGAAAUGGUGAUUUGGGCGAAGACAAAGUGAGACUUGGCAACGAAGGCUGGAAAAAGAGAUACUAUCAAGAGAAAUUCUCAGCAGAAACUCCAAGCGAGAUGGAAGUUAAAAGAAAAGAUAUUGUUCAGAAAUAUACAGAAGGAUUGUUGUGGGUGCUGGAAUACUACUACUCUGGAGUCCCUUCAUGGAGUUGGUAUUACCCAUAUCAUUAUGGACCCUUUGCAUCUGAUCUCAAGGGCCUUUCACAAGUGAAGGUUAAGUUCCAGAAAGGAUCUCCAUUCAAGCCCUUUGAGCAGCUCAUGGCUAUACUACCACCCCAAAGUUCCACUACACUCCGUAAACCAUAUCAGAAACUGAUGACCGAUGAGCAGUCCAACAUCAUCGACUUAUUCCCCAUGGAUUUUGAAAUCGACAUGAAUGAAAAGAGGUUUGCAUGGCAGGGGAUAUGCAAGCUUCCAUUCGUUGAUGAACAACGGCUGUUAGAUGAGGUCCAUAAGGUCGAGAAGGAACUCCAGGCUCAUGAAACCGAAAGAAACAAGCAAACAGCAGACAGACUGUUCGUUAGAAGAAGCAGCUUGCCUGAAGGUCUGCUGGUUUCACUUGUUUCACAAGGAUCCCCAAGCAUGCUGAACAUUGCCUCAUGUGGAAUUAGAGGAUUUGUUCACUCUGGCCAAGAGACUUGGAGCAGCACUAUGGACAGACCUAUCUUGUCUCUCUCGCUCCACGCUUCCCAGGAAAUCAAAUACACUUCCCGUCCUCUAGCAGGAACUACCUUCCUAGACAAGACCAUAACUGAAGCUGACAUCGAAGCCACACAGCUGUGACAUGAAAUCCCCAUCUACACCAACACCCACAGGUUCAUCUCUUUCUGCCAUGUCAAUUGUCUUAACUCAGGACCAUUCCUUAACUCUGAUGAGCUCAUUGUUUUUCAUAGCAACCAAAAGUGGAGCAGAAGAAGCAAUAGAGGACAACCACACAAUUAAAAUGACACAAGCUCG